CGCCAGUGUGCCGCACACCAGCGCAGCAUUCGCUUCCGUUUCCAUCGAGCGACCAUACGGAGCCAUGCUGCUCGACGCUGGUUGACUCGCGACUCCCAAUCGGGAGGAAGAUCGCCGAUCGGAAGUGUCCGUCCGCGGGAUUAACGUCGGUGAUACGUUUUGAACGCCCCGAGCGAAACCGAUUCGUGUUACCAGUGGCUUCGAUCGAUCCCCCGGACUGAUUCCAUUAAAUAUCCGCCAUUUUGUUUAUGGGGAAACAUGAUUUUCAUCGAGGCCGAACGAUCGUCGCGCGAUUUCGAAUUCUUUUCGAACCCAGGGAGACUCGAUGAUCCCCGUGGUUCGGAUUGGCUGCUGGUGUCACGUGAUUAUUGAACGUGAUAGGGGAAAAAUGGAAAUUAGAGAAGAGCUAGGAAAUUGGGAACUUGUCUCUGUCCGCGAACGCCGGCCAAUGGGCUACGUCCGCCAGUAAACGUUCUCCUCUGCUCCAUCCCCCUCUGUACCCCGGUCCUCGUGUCAAUCGCAGUCGUUCUCGAGGCAUCGCGUGCGCCAGAUUAUCCGGGCACAUCCUCGUUUUAUCCGGUGCGUUAUCACUCGCGUUACGUUUACCCUGAAACUGAUAACGGCGGGAGAAAGGACGCGAAGAUCGACCGCUGGCCGCGAAAGCCAUUAGCGUAAUCGCCUCACCUCGAGACCAGUGUCGCGGGAAUUUUCUUACGCGCGAGGACAGAGACGAGAAACUAGUGCUCGUAGUGAAUCGGGGUGCAGGAGGUGGUCGUCCUUGGUAGCGUGGGUGAGGAAAAGAGGACUCUGAAACUGCGUCGGUGGCGACGGUGUGACUUAGAGGGCGCGGAAGGGGAGAAAUGCAGUGGCGUCGGCAGCGAAGGAUCACCCACGUGAUCGGCUCCUCCAAUCACGUUCUACUAUUAGCGAGGUACCAAGACGCUCCGCCCGGCGAGGAAGACGAGGAGGAAGGAUUGCGAAACGGUUACGUGAAGGACCAGGAUAAUGACACGAGCGGCCAUAGUUUCAAUCGGAAUGGCCAGGGCACCUACAAGUCGAAGAGGACGGGGAACGUGGGCGGUAGCGGUUACGCGGGGGGGACCAGGUCCCACAAGGAGGAUUCUUCGGGGUCGCCGUCGCAGCCCAAGAUCAUCUUCAACGAGGACGAGUACGCGAAAAUCACGACGCCCAGGCAGGACAUGCUGUUCAAGAAGGGCUACCUAUCGCGCAGAAAGCUCUGGGCGAGCAACGCGAGCACCAGCGCCACACCCUCGACCACCGAGAGCCAAUCAGCUUCGCACUCCACCGCAGGUAGAGGUAUAGAUGGUAGCGAAACGACUGAGGAUCAGCUGUUGGACAGAGACUACAGUACCGGAGAAUAUCCACCGAUGAUGAAGUCCGGGGCGCACGUGACCUACGGAAGAUUCUACGACCACAAUAGUGGCUACUACUACGAGUACCCGGUAAUGUUGCUUGGCCCUGCACCAGUUCCAGCGCAGGUCGGACCAAAUAUCCUAGCAGCUGUACCUUGUGAUCCCGUGCCUCUGAGGCCGAUAGAAUGGAUCAAUCCUGCCUUUAUGCCUAAACUACCUGGACAACACUACUGCAUGAUGGAUUACCAGAGCGAGCAAAGCACAAAGGACUCGACCCUGGCGAUGGAACAGGAUAGCACGUUAUUGCCGGUAGAGAACACGAACGGUAUGUGCAACGAGAGCGGUACAUGGAGCGCGAGCUGCAGCGAAAGCGUGGCGGGCGAGACGGAGAAGCAACCGGCGGAGAUCGACGCGGCGACGAAGGAUCAGACCGACGAGCACCAGAUGGAGGAGCAGAUGGAGUACCAAGUGGAGGAGCAGCCUUUGGAGAACGGUUUCAACGGUGAACAGUACCUGGAGCCGGUCCUGAUGCAGCAACCGAUGCACGUCUCGCACGUGAUACCCGUGCCGCAACCGUACAUGUACCCCGGCCAUUACAUGUUCGGUCCUCCCUUGGUCAACCUGAACGGUGUUACAAUACAGGGCGGGCCUAUGAUCAGAAUUACGGGCGUGGCGGCUAUGUCGACGACCUAUACCAACCGAAAAAAGAAAAAAAAGGGAAGAAACCAGAGAAGAUUAGCUGUGGGUAACACGGAGGACGAAGAGGAGGCAGAAUACAGCUCCGAAUAUGAUACUGGUGUACUGUCUUCCCGGCUGUCCAGGACAGCGUGUUCAACUUCGACAACAGCCACCAAUCGGCCGCUGAACCCUCAAAGCCAGGAGUUCCAGUUGCAGCCAGUGAAGCUGGACGCCUCGACGUCCGCUACGCCGACGUCCGCCACCUCGUCGACCUCCGGUGAGGGUUCAGCCAUGAAUCAGUCGAGCACGUUGUCGUCAGAGACGGCGUCGAUCGACCAGAACGAAAAGACGUGCAACGGUGUCGAUUGCGACAACCAGAAGCAGGAGGACGAGCAGCUGACGGACAGCAAUUCCGACCAAGCAUCGGGAUCGCUGUCGGAGAAGAACGAACCGACGUUGCACGACGCUGAUCCUGACACGGAAACGAACGGAUUGACGUGUUGCCUCGCCGAGAAGAACGACAUUCUGCCGGUCGACGAGCUGGUCGAGGUCGAGUCUCCGUGCGUUAAAGAGGCAGCGAGUGCGAACGAGUCGCGCGAACGAUUGACGGACGAAGCGAUGAACGGGGUCGAGGAGACCCUGGUGAACGGGAAAUUGAACUCGAGCAACGAGAUAAUGCUGACGAAAUCAUCGUCUUCGUGCAACGACGAGAAAACGUCCAAGACUGUACCGAAGGAGGAGCUGGAGAACCACGAAUCCUUGUCGAACAUCAAACUGCCAAAGAGGAAGUACAGCGCGAAGGGUACGAAGUUCGUGAGAGAGCCAACGCCUGGGCCCGACCUGGACAACACCGCCGAGCAACCGGAGAACGCGCCGACGAACGAGAAAGCGAUGAACGAUCUGACCCAGAGCCUGAACGGCGUGAACCUGUCCAACGACUCGUCGCUGAAGACGGAGUCGACGCUCGACUCCAGCGACAAGAUCGACGUGUCGAGCAACUUCGCGUCGGAGAACGCGAGCAAUCAUCGAAGCAAGGACGACCACGUCGAGGCGAUGAACGAGGACUCCGGUUUCGAAAGCCAGACACGGGUGUCGGACUUCCCGAUCACGAAGGCGGUGACGGAGUGGCUGCGAAGAGCGAACUCGCCCGACGUAUUCAUCACGAACGUGUCGAAUACGGACAACGAGACGGAGGACGAGGACGAGGUGGACGAACAGCCGCCAAAAAACUUGCAAGGCAACCCCAUGCCUGCACUAUCUGCUAAUAGCGGCGCAGACAAUGCGGUAUUGUCGCGUGCGACUAGCUACGGCGAAUUCGCAAGGAUCAGCAACGUCAAGGGCCAGGAGCAGGAGGCCAGCAACGGCGGUUUGAGGAAGAAGAGGGACGCGAAGAAACGGUCUGGGGAACGGAGACGGGUCAGGCACGUCGAGGGCAAGCUGGAGAACGAGGCCAUGUCGUCGUCGGAUUCCUGCGGACAGCGUGAGGUCCCCGCGAACGCCGCGAGAAGGAAGAACAACCCAACGAAACAGCAGGACGUUGGUGACGUUUGCGAAUUUACUGAGACGGAUAGCGUUGCGGGUAUGAGGGUUGCUUCAAGCUCUCGGAUGACGGACUCGAAGAGGGUCAAUGCAAGGCGAACGAAAAGACAAGGUAGAUCCGGCAAGGAUCCCGCGAUUAUCGAUACGAAGAUACGACGCAUAGAUGACGUGGACGACGAGAACGACGAGGGUAUCGUGAAGGACGUGGUCAAGACGUACGAGAAGGGGACGAUCAUCGUGUUGGAUGACGGGAAGUUGUUGACGACUUCCAGAAACGAUGCUUUCACGACCGAGAAAACGACCAGCAACGACGGGGCGAGAGAGACGGCUAAUAAGACGGAGAGCAAGAGACGGAACGACGACGAGAAAGGUAGGAGGAUGAAUUCCUUGAGCAGCAUAGAGGAGCCUGACGUGUUGGAGUGCUGGGAAGCCGAAACGAUUGAACCUGUGAUAACCCCGAAGAGGAUGCUGCAAUGUCGAGGAGUAUCGUGCGAGGGCGAGGCCGCCGAAGAGGACAACAUCGUCGCGAAGAAAGUCAACCUGGAUUACGUGCAGAAGUACUACAGAUUGGCGCGCGGUAGCGCCACCAGCGCGGAGGAGGAGAUAACCUCUAAGGUAAACGUAGAUCCGUCUGCAUCGAAAUCAGUGCCAAAUAAAUCUGAGCAAGUGGAGAUUCUGACGGAGACGGGCGUCCAGGGGGAGAAGAACGACAUACCCAUCGACGAAGCUUUCGAGAUAUACGAGAGCUGUUACACGGGGAAUGACCCGUUUAUGGGCAUCGAUACGAAAGUUUUCAAGUCACGAACGUUAUACGAUCAAGAUGGCGAGGGUCCUAUACCAUGCAGAGGGUUUUGUUGCAACUUUCAAUGAUUGUUGAGAGCCUCGAAUAGGGAUGGGUUUACCGGUUUAUCGGUACCUUGUCGAUAUCGCGUUUAAGUAUCGACAAUAAAAGAAUGUACAAUUCGUUAUGUUCGAUCCAUUUAUUUUCUUAUUCGAUCACGGUAAGAGCAUUUACACGUUUCGGUUGUAAUCGCGUACUACGGUUCGAAAGCAUUUCCCUCGCUAUAUGGAAAAUAUUCGUCCGCUUUGGUCGGGACGAUAAAAGGCCCAAGACUUGUGAGUCACGGGCACGGGAGCUUCCGAUUGGUCGGUGAUUCGUGGCCCGCCAAUGGGGAAACCCCCGCGCCAGGACAAGUGCUGCGCCACCUAUUAUGCAGUUGGCGGCAUUGAAUUUGUCGCGAGUCACUUUCAAUGCCUCCGCGCGAGCAUACUGAUAAGUGCUUUAAAAUACACGUACAAUAUUAUACAAUAAUGUUGUUCGACCACCAAAACAAAGGGUUACAUUUUCUCUUGUGAGGGUGCAUUUUUCAGACAUCUGAAACUAUCGUACGCGACUCUUAACACGUUAAACGUCGAGCUAACUGGGUUCAUAUUUCCGUCUACGCCGCGAGCUCUCAUCGUGGAGAAACAGUGCAUUUGUAAGGAGUUAGCUUAACUCGUUACUAGAUUUUGUUGCUCGUAAAAGUAAAAACAUAAAUGUCAUUGCAAGACGGAUGCAAAAGUGAUUCGAGUUCUAGAAUUCUCAUCAUUAACCAUAAAACUUUCUACAAAACGAGCACUUUGAUUUUAGAGAACUAGCAGACCGAAAAUUUGUCGCAGUAUUUAUUUUUGUAACAUCGCUGAUACUCACGAAUCCUAAUCAAAUUUAUUUCUUUUAACAUUUCAGCUUGAAAAUUGAUUGUUUUAGUCAUCCAUAUCUGUUGAAAUUAAUAACGAGUGCUGACACCCCUACGCUCGUUAGUGUUCUUCGAAAACUAUUGAUUGCUAUAAAAAUCUCAUCGUUGCAUUUCAUGCGACGGCGGUUAACGUAUUAAAGAAAAUAACGCGAAUAAAGUUAUAUGACCUAAUGUAUCGAUGUUUGCGUACGCGGCUAAUGCUCGAACAUUCGAUAGAGGAGACUGACGGUACUGCUGCAUGUUAGUUAUCGAUACGUUUGUCGAUGUAUCGAUGAUGCAAUGUUCGCGUUUAAUAUCGCCGAGUUAUCGAUAUUUUAUCAGUAACUAUGUCGUUAAGCCCAUCUCUAGUCACGAGCAAUUCUCCACAGGGACAAUCGCGUAACAGUACCGAUGUCAAGGCCGUCCUUUUCUGAAUAACGUAUGCCUCUGACGUUGUGCUCAUUGCUGGUAUAGCGCGUAUCGAUGGACAUACACACCACGCAUUCAUUAUUACGUUCUUAAUCGCGUUAAGGAAUCUUGAAAGACAACCCUGUGGAUCGACGUAAGUUGAGAAAUUUACUGACUUAGAGGCAUAUGCUCAAGGGCAGCUGAUGAUGUAGCGGAAGCCUACGUAUUGCUAUUCAUUUUUGUAAAUAGCUUUUAAGAGAUCGUUUGCAAAUCGUGUUUCACGAAAACUUCGGUAAAUUAUUACGUAUGCAUGGAAGCAUAUACGAUAUUUUUUGACGUUAUUGUCAAUAUAACUUGGUGCACAUAUUCUUCUUUUUUUCUUUCUUUCAAAAAAAAACAAACGAAAAAAAAAACCCAACGGUUGUUUCAUUGUAAGUCUCAUUACGAAAAAGUUUCAUUAUUAAGUAUAAUUUUUGAAUGAAUCGAGCUUAUUGAGAUUCGAGUAAUCCGUUCUCUGAAUUAUAAAUACGAUGAAUUGUUAAGUCUGAAACUCUGUGGAAAAGAAUAAACAGAAAAUGAUCGAAGCAUA